GUACAAUUCUUUCUCUUGUGUGUGUUUGCUACAGACGUAGUUUAUGGACAGAUUCGAUAUACUAUCCCAGAAGAAAUGAAAAAGGGAUCGUUUGUCGGUAAUGUUGCACAGGACUUGGGGUUAGAUCUUAAAAGACUGGCAUCUGGCAGAGCUCGUAUUUUUACUCGAAGCAGUACCGAGUACAUGGAUCUGAAUGUAGAUAAAGGGCAAUUGGUUGUUAAAGAAAGAAUAGACAGGGAACGGUUAUGUGAGCAAGCGUCUCCAUGCAGUUUGAGUUUUGAAAUUAUUCUUGAAAACCCCAUGGAACUCUUUCGUGUUACAGUAGAAAUUAUUGAUAUUAACGAUAAUGCUCCCGCAUUUCCCAAAAAUGAAGUUACACUACAAAUAAGCGAGUUAGCUAUACCAGGUGCGCGUUUCUUACUAGAAAGCGCCAUGGACCCUGAUGUGGGUGUUAACACUCUCCAAAGCUAUUCACUGAAACCAAGUGAUCAUUUUAUUUUAAAAACACACUCCCGUCCUGAUGGCAGUAAAUAUGUAGAGAUGAUGCUGCAAAUACCGCUGGAUCGAGAAAAGCAGGAACACCAUUCUUUAAUAUUAACUGCUGUCGAUGGCGGGGACCCUCAGAGGUCUGGUACUGUUAACAUACAUGUUGUUGUCCUUGAUGCAAACGACAAUGCUCCCGUUUUUAGCCAGUCAGUUUACAAAGCGACUGUGUUUGAAAAUGCAUUAAAAGGCACAAUAGUGACGACAGUAAAUGCAUUGGAUGCAGAUACAGGGUCAAAUGCAGAAUUAAGUUACUCGUUUUCCCACACGACUCGUAGUAUUUCGGAGCUAUUUGAGCUAGAUCCAAAUACUGGUGAAAUAAAAGUGAUAGGGCAACUGGAUUUUGAGAAAGCUAAAAUGUAUGAGAUUAACAUACAAGCAACAGACCAUGGCGGUCUUACAGACUCUGGUAAAGUAAUAAUUGAAAUUAUUGACAUCAAUGAUAACGUUCCAUCUGUAACUAUGAUGUCAUUCUCGAGUCCAAUACCCGAAGACUCCUUACCUGGAACUGUGAUAGCUAUGAUUAAUGUUGAAGAUCUAGAUUCUGGAAUAAACGGGCAGGUUCGUUGUUCAAUUGACAGAAAUCUGCCUUUUAAAAUCAAGUCGUCCUUAACGAACUACUAUAGUUUAGUGACUGGAAGUAUUUUAGACCGUGAAACAGUCUCCGAAUAUAACAUAACCAUCACUGCAACAGACGAGGGAGAGCCUCCUUUGUCAAGUAACCUGACAAUACUACUGGCGAUAUCUGAUGUUAACGACAAUGCACCAAAAUUCGACCAGGACGUAUACAACGCUUAUGUGAUGGAAAACAACUCCCCGGGAGUAUCUAUAUUUUCUUUACAAGCCAAAGACUCUGACUGGAGCCAGAAUGCGCGUAUUUCUUACUUUCUUGAAGAAAAACAAAUUAAUAUGACGCCAGUAUCUUCCUAUAUUUCAAUUAAUUCAGAAUCUGGUAUCAUUUAUGCUGUGCGGUCAUUUGACUAUGAACAAAUAAGAGACUUUCAAAUCCACGUUAAAGCUCAGGAUGGAGGUUCACCACCACUUAGUAGCAACGUGGCUGUAAACAUUUUUGUGCAAGACCAGAACGACAAUGCGCCUCAGAUUCUCUAUCCAGUACAAACUGAAGGCUCUCUGGUGGCUGAAAUGGUGCCUCGUUCAGCUGAUGUUGGCUAUCUCGUCACUAAAGUGGUAGCUGUUGAUGCUGACUCUGGACAGAAUGCGUGGCUUUCAUACAAACUGCACAAAGCUACAGACAGGACACUUUUUGAAGUGGGGCUGCAAAAUGGGGAGAUAAGGACGUUGCGCCAGGUUGUUGACAAAGACGCUGUGAAACAAAGACUUGUUGUUUUAGUGGAGGACAAUGGUCAGCCCUCUCGUUCAGCUACAGUGAAUGUGAACGUGGCGGUUGCAGACAGCUUCCCUGAAGUACUUUCAGAAUUUAGCGACGAUUCACAAGAUAAGAAUUACAAUGAAAAUCUGACAUUUUAUUUAGUUGUGUCAUUGGCUACAGUUUCCUUUCUUUUUAUUGUUUCCAUAAUAAUUCUGUUGUCAGUGAAGUUCUGCAAAUGGAGACAAUCCAGACUGUUUUAUAAAUCAAACGGAAACCUCCCUGCUAUUCCAUAUUACCCACCCCAGUAUGCAGACGUUGGGGGGGCAGGAACACUUCGACAUGUGUACAAUUACGAGGUGUGUUUAACAACUGACUCGGGAAAGAGCGAAUUCAAAUACAUCAGACCGUGUAGCCAAGGUGUUUUAAGUGCAGACCCGAGUGCUGCAGAGACCAUGCUGCACGCACAGAAGGAGAGGAAUCUAAUUGAUGACACAGACCCUUCCAUACAGGUGAGCCUUCGUUUAUAAAGACAUUGCAGUGACUUUGUACUGUGCAAUAAUUGCUACAUUAAAAAAUAUAUAUACUUUAGAUUGCAAGCACAGACCAGUUACAGUAACAACCCAUUAUGUAGAUAAUUUCCAUAACCUAAAUAAACAAAUAGUAUAGACUGUAAGUAUAGAAUACGAGUAUGAUUUGUUAUAUUUGGUACAACCUGAUUGUUGUGAAAUAGUUUUUUGUAUACCAUGCUAGGUAGACGGAGUUAAUGGGCUGGAUUUUUCACUGUGUGUGAUUGCCCAUGUCAUACAUGCAGUAUGGAGUGGCCGGUUGUCUGCAUUUUAUCCACAGUGGCUAAUAUUUGAUAGUUUAUGUACUGGUGCUCUCACAAAAUGAUCCCCUAUUUUUUUUUUAGAAUACUAAUUUCACAAAUUAAAAAGAAGUGUUGUACUGUAAUGUAAUGCAACUCCUGAUAUGAUUGGAGUUGUAUGCUCUUGGAUUUUAUGUAACUGUGCCCACAUUUCUGAUUCAUGGAGGUUGAAUGGGGGGGG